AUGCGAUACCGGACAAUACUUAUUGACUCGCCUGAGUUUGAGUCGGUGUUAUCGAGUUCAAGUCGUGAACUCUGCCCCGCGUCGAACGAUUAUGUACUCGUCGGGGACUACCAGCCAAAUCAAAGGUGUGAUGCUUACUCAUCGGAACUUGAUUGCGAUUGUAGGGAUAUUUUUAGCUCGGCGACCGGAGAGGGAGUCACCGACGUUGUUGCUGUAUACGGUGCCUUAUUUUCAUGUAUUUGGGUUUUUGACAGUGUGAAGUCUGUGGCUCUAAGUGAGACUGUGGUGUUGAUGGAGAGGUUUGACUUGAGGAAAAUGUGGAGAGCUGUGGGGGAGUUCAGGGUGACGGAUGUGGCAGUGGCAGUGGCACUACCGGUGUUGGUGACUAUGGCGAAGGGAGAUGUGACGGAUGGCUAUGAUUUGAGGCUCGUCACCAUUAUUUGUUUACUCGGCCGCGUUCUGGAAUCUGGAGAUAAUGCCGUUAUGAAAAGUUUUGUGCCAUUAAUUAGAUUUGUUUUCCAAGUUGGUGACAAAACCAGGGAGGAUGUCGACUACUCUGAGGAAGAGAUUGAUAGGGGAUUUCAAGAGUUUGCAGUAGGAUCCUCGUAUGUGCAAGACACAAGAGAGCUGUUUUUCUCAUCAAACUAUUAG